UGUAGUCGUACUAUACGAAAUUGUUGCUCUAGUUAGCGAAGAUGUAUCGAACGGCUGCGAGACGGUUGUUUCCGGCGUUGCGCCGCUGCAACGCUCAGCUCAAUAUCUCUUCCAACCGAGCUCUUGGUGAGACCCAAUCGCCGCGAUUUUUCAAUUCAGUUGUUUCUGAGAACAUUCCAAAUCAGAGUUCUACCCAUUCCCACUAUGAAUCGUCAUCGCCAUCAACCGCGUCUAAUGCCUCAUCAGCUAGGAACGACGAUGAGACAGCUCGAGGUUAUGAGAAGGACGGAAAAUCCGGCUCCAGAACGAAAUCAUCAAGGCCUAAAGCUCACUACCAAGACGAGCAGGCUCGUGUUCUCACCGCCUCUCUCCCUCAUGUGAUUAGAUUGGGGUGGACUGAAGCAGCCAUGAUUGCAGGGGCAAGGGAUGUUGGGGUUUCUCCAUCAAUUGUUGGAUCUUUUGCUUCAAAAGAAGCUGCUCUAGUAGAGUUUUUCAUGGAUGAUUGUUUGGAAAGACUCAUUGAUAUAAUUGACGCAAGGGAGGAUUUGAAAACCAUGAUACCCAGUGAGCGAGUUGCAACACUUAUCAGACUUCGCUUAGAAAUGCAGGCUCCUUACUUGUCAAAGUGGGCUCAAGCACUCAGCAUACAGGCACAACCAUUGAAUAUACCAACAAGCUUUAGGCAGCGAGCAAUGUUGAUUGAUGAGAUCUGUCAUGCUGCUGGUGAUGAAGCUGAUGAUAUUGAUUGGUAUGUGAAGCGCACAGUCCUGGGUGGAAUGUACUCUACAACCGAGCUAUAUAUGCUGACUGAUCACUCACCAGAUUUUCGUGAUACAUGGAAAUUCUUGGAUGCCCGAAUUAGAGAUGCUUUUGACCUGAGGAAGACUGCUAAUGAGGCAAAAAAUUUGGCAGAAGCAGUUGGUGCAGGAAUGGGAGGCUCAUUACAAGGACUUAUGAAGAGUAUUUUUCGCGGUUGAAAAUUUUUGUCAAGUUCACUAAAAGGAGUUUUGGAUUGGACAUUUUCCUCUUUAGAAUAACAGUUUUACUCCUGUCGGUCCAAGGUGUGGGGGCCUUAGGGGUGAGGAAAUUUCGCCUUUUGUGGCAAGAAUAACAGUUUUAUGUUUCUUUUAGUCUCUCUCUCUCUCCUCCUCUUCUUCUCUCCUUUACAGCUGAAUAAAAUUAUAUUAUUAAACUGUUUACUAGCCGGAGGUGCACUUAUUAUGCAAAUUGAUGGUGCAACUGAAUCCUGGCUGUGUACAUAUACAUAAUGCUUCUGAUGGCUUUUGAUAAUUCCCUUUCCCUUUACUUUAGUAGCUGUUAUUGUUGAAAAGGAAAAUGUUAUAGCUUGUGAUAUAUGGUCAUUCAGAAAUCAUUUGA